AUCCCCGAAGUGUCCCCGCAGCUCUGAGUCGGUUCUAGCAUCUUCCUCGGAGAGGAUUUAUCACCUCCGACCUCCCCCGCCUCUUCUCUCUCUCUCUCUCUCUCUCUCUCUCUCUGCGCAGAAGAACGAAAAUGGCGGAUGAGUACGCCCUCGACUUGGAGGAGCUCCGGCAACUUCAGAGAAUCGCGAAGCGUCCUCGCGUCGUCUCUCUCAUCUCCUCGGAGAUACGCAACUUGGAAAAGUUGUCAACAGAUGCUGUUACUGCUCAUGCCUCACAGACACCUGAGCCAAUAUCAACUCAAGCAAGGGUUCCUUGUACCCCAGCUUUGAAUUAUGUCACGCUUGCAUCUUUCAGCUGGGAUCAGGAUAGUGACAAAGUCAAGAUUUAUCUUUCUCUGGAGGGAGUUGAUCAGGAAAAAAUGGAAAGUGAGUUCAAGACAAUGUCGCUUGACAUAAAGAUCCAUGAUGUACAAGGGAAGAACUAUUGCUUUACCAUACCCAAAUUGAACAAGGAGAUUGUGCCAGAGAAAUCUAAGGUUGUAGUUAAACCGUCGAGAAUAAUUGUGACAUUGUUUAAGGCCUCAAAGGGGAACUGGUUAGAUUUGCAAUUUAAGGAGGACAAGGUAAAGCCUAGUGUCAACAAAGACAAAGAUCCCAUGGCUGGAAUUAUGGAUUUGAUGAAGAAUAUGUACGAGGAAGGUGAUGACGAAAUGAAGAAGACAAUUGCAAAAGCGUGGACAGAUGCCCGAACUGGCAAAGCAGCCGAUCCUUUGAAGGGAUACCGUUGAAGUUAAAACACGCCGUUGUCAGGCUGAGAUCAGGUUUCUGUCAAAUUUUGUGGACUUUCGUGACAUUUUGCGGUGAGGCCUUGGAGCGCUUUUCUGAGAGUCCUCAUGAACUUUUGGUCUUUUUAUGUUAUUAUGCAUCUUUUGCAAUCAUCAUGUAUAUCUUUCCUUGAGAUGGGUGGUGAUCUGAGCCAUCCUCAUUAU